GCUUGUAUUUGCUUCGCAACACUAGUCUGCAUUUUCAUAAAUCAGUCUCCCUGGUGUUCUACUUGUUCACUGAUCGAAAAUAAAAUGAAAACCGUGGUAUUUCUGUCAAUAUGGCUCAUUGGGAUCGUCCAUUGCAGUGACCACAGUAAUGAGCCCUCCGAAGAGACCAUCAAGCGGGGGUUGAGUGCCAAGUGCGCUGCCCGAGAUACAUCCUCAUGCAUCGUCCACGAGCUGGUCGGAUACGUCGAUAGGAUGCUGAAAACUGCCGCAGUCCAGAUCAGUGACGACGUCUUGAUUGUCGAUGAGAGUAAUGGCGCAGCAGCGUCGUUGCCAGUGAAACCAGAAUCCCUAGCCAGAGCCGGCUCGACUAUCGAAGACCAAGCCCAACAACUUAUCAUGGAUAAGCUAUGGAACUUCGCGACCACCAGGUCUCUGAGGUACAGGCUACUGAACAACGCGGACCUGGUGAUGUCUGGUAAAGAGAACAAUGAUGGAAACUUCGGUAUUGGAGUAUCUCUCAAAGCACCGAAAGCAAUCGAAACAGGUCGCCGGCAAAACAAAAUUGGACCCUUCAUAGGUCUGGCAGCCAUGAAGAUUGGGGUCCUCGGCGCUUUGUUCUUUAAGGGGCUCACGCUUAUGGUCGGGAAGGCUCUCCUUAUAUCCAAGAUCGCUUUACUUUUGGCCACCGUUAUUGGACUUAAGAAGCUAUUCACUCAUCAGACUAUCGUCAAAAAGGAUUAAUCGUGACGGCGGACAGAUGAAUGAGGUUGCAGCUUCCACACGGAUAACGUGAAUCAGAGAUCUAUUACACGAUUUUUGGAAAUCAAGCCAUAUGUAUGGUUUUGAACAAGAAAUGUACUUGUACUUUCAUUACGAAAGAAACACCGUCUAAUCGUUUUUGUUAGUUUUUGAAGUGACAUUGACGUUUGACGUUGUCAAAUUUUGCAAGCUGUCAAAUUCAAAAAUGGAAUAAUGAGUGACAGAAAUAGUGUAAUAGCUCGAUUGCCAGUGUAAAAAAAACAUUAAUUGUUAACUCGAUUUCUGAGGUACCCACGAGCACUGUAAAUAGCACUAAUUUAUUUAUUUAUUUAAUAGCUAACAGUUAAAUUAUAUUAUGUAUCGCUGCUCCGCAUUUAAAGAUACUAAGUAUUAGUCUUAAAGUAAUUGAAUUAGCAUAGUUAACGCAUUGUUACAGCUGUGUACUAAUGUUUUGUUGUUAAUUAAAUUGAAUUAUUAUAA